CUUAUGGAGGUGCAGGAGGAUUUGUAACACUACAGGACCUGAUACUCCUCACUUAUAGCAUUUCUGACAUCAGCAUCAAGGAGGUCAACUUCCUGCCAAAAAUAUUCAGCAUGAUUCAGCAAUUUAACAGAAGAAAAACUAAAUACUGAACAGGAGAGAAUGAAAGUGAACAGAAAAGGCUUAAUGAAACACUGUAAAAUUGACUUUUCUGCAUAAUGAGAAUUUUCACUGUUGAAUACAUUUUGCUGAUGAUACUGCCAUCCUACUUUAAUCUCAAAUCUGGGACCUUUCCUUGUAAUAGAGUAUUUUUUACAUUGUGAAUUGUAGUGUGAUAUACCAGUUCAUAGUGUGAAGUUGGUGAAGUUUCCUUUUGUCUCUGUGGUCUGUGUGGUCUGUUUUGCUGAUGUAAAAGGAAAUCAAACAGGCAGCAUUCUCUGCACACUUCUCUUAAUGCUUAGUAGGGGAAGUUAUAAGAGAGCUGUCAGGACUCCCCAGAAACUCUGAGGAUCUGGAGAAAAUCAGGCUGUCAAAGCUGCUGUGUUGCUGUAAAAGUGUUCGCUCAGUAUGGAUCUGUGUGAGGAGAGAGAGGAUGAUGAUCAGCCUUCGAAACUCUCUGUGGAACAUGGCAGCCAGAGCAAAGCUAAAAGCCCAGUCCAGCAGAGACCAAACUGUCCUGAACCCAGCUGUGUGUCUAUGAAGAGCAAUCAUUCCAUUGCUGAACCCGCAAACUUUAGAGAGAGGAAUCACCCUACAGAUCACAGAGUUCAUCAGGACACAUCAGACUCCUCUUUACCCACUUGCCUGUCUGUUAAAAGUGACCACUCUAUGGAGCAACCUCUUGUCUUCAAACUCGGGAACCACUCUACUGGACAAAGACUCCUCCAAGAGAGUUCAGAGGUCACCAGUGGUCACUCUGAAAAUGGGAACAAUGAAGCAGAUCUGGCCUCCAUAUUCAUGCUUCUAGAGGAGAACAUUAUCGCUUUUGUGAAGACUGAGCUGAAGAAGUUCCAGGGAGUUCUCAGUUCAGAUGCCCCAGAGUGCUUCGAGGAACAGAAAAAGGAUGAGAAGGUGGUGGAUGGUGGGGAGAAAGAACAGAGGAAAAGCAGCAGACAGGCACUUUUGAAGAUCACACUGCACUUCUUGAGGAAAAUAAAGCAGGAGGAGCUGGCUGACUCCCUGCAGAGCAGAACUAUUACUGCAGUAUGCCAAAAUAAGCUCAAACUUAAUCUGAAGGGGAGGUUCCAGUGUUUCUUUGAGGGAAUCGCUAAAGCUGGAAAACCCACAUUUCUGAAUGAGAUUUACACAGAGCUUUACAUCACAGAAGGGGGAAGUAGAGGGAUCAGUGAUGGCCAUGGCAUCAGACAGAUUGAAACAGCAUCCAUGAAACAAUCAAGACCAGAAACUAUGAUCAAAUGUGAAGAUAUCUUCCAACCCUUACCUGGCAGAGAUCAUCAACCAAUCAGAACGGUGGUGACAAAGGGGGAGGCAGGCAUAGGGAAAACAGUCUUAACACAUAAGUUCAGUCUGGACUGGGCUGAAGAAAAAGCCAACCACAACAUUCAGUUCACAUUUCCCUUCACUUUCAGAGAGCUGAAUCUGUUUGGUGGGAAAAUGUACAGCUUGGUCGAACUUCUUCAUCUCUUCUUUACUGAGAUCAAAGACGCAGAAAUUUACAGUUUUGACAAGUACAAGGUUGUGUUCAUCCUUGACGGUCUAGAUGAGUGUCGACUUCCUCUGGACUUCCACAACAAUGAGAUCCUGACUGAUGUUACAAAGCCAACCACAGUGGAUGUGCUGCUGACAAACCUUAUCACUGGGAAACUCCUUCCGUCUGCUCACCUCUGGAUAACCACGCGACCUGCAGCAGCCCAUCAGAUCCCUCCUGAGUGUGUUGACAUGGUGACAGAGGUGAGAGGGUUCACUGACACCCAAAAGGAAGAGUACUUCGGGAAGAGAUUCAGAGAGGCGGAGCAGGCCAGCAGAAUCAUCUCCCACAUCAAGACAUCACGAAGCCUCCACAUCAUGUGCCACAUCCCAGUCUUCUGCUGGAUCACUGCUUCCGUUCUGGACCAUGUAUUGAGAGCAGAUGAAAAGAGGGAGUUACCCAAGACACUGACUGAGAUGUACAUCCACUUCCUGGUGGUUCAGUCCAGAGUAGGGAAUGUCAAGUAUCGUAGAGGAUCUGAGACAGAUUCACUCUGGAACCCCCAAACCUACAACAUCAUCAUGACUCUGGGAAGACUGGCUUUUGAGCAUCUACAGAGAAACAACUUGAUCUUCUAUGAAUCUGACCUGAUAGCAUGUGGCAUUGAUAUCAGGGCAGCCUCAGUCUACUCAGGGGUGUUCACACAGAUCUUUAAAGAGGAUUGUGGGCUGUACCAGGACAAGAUGUUCUGUUUUGUCCAUCUGAGCUUUCAGGAGUUUCUGGCUGCUCUGUAUGUCUUUGUGACAUUCAUCAACACUGGUGUCAAUCUACUGUCAGAACCACAAUCAAGAUCCAGAUGGUCUCUACAACUGAGGGACAAAUACAAGGUAAAUCCGCUCUACCAAAGUGCAGUGGACAAGACCAUACAGAGUCCAAAUGGACACCUGGACUUGUUUCUUCGCUUCCUCCUGGGGUUCUCACUGGAGACCAAUCAGACUCUUCUACAACUGCUGACACCAUCAGCAAAAACCUUACAGAACUCUCAGGAAACAGUCAAAUACAUCAAAAAGAAGAUCAGAAGGAAUCCUUCUCCAGAGAGAUGCAUCAACCUGUUCCACUGUCUGAAUGAGCUAAACGAUAACUCUCUAGUGGAAGAGAUCCAAAAGUAUCUGAGUUCAGGAAGUCUCUCCACAGACAAAUUGUCUCCUGCUCAGUGGUCAGCUCUGGUCUUCAUCUUGCUGUCAUCAGAAAAAGACCUGGAAGUGUUUGACUUGAGGAAAUAUUCUGCCUCAGAGGAAGGUCUCCUGAGGCUGCUGCCAGUGGUCAAAGCUUCAAGAAUAUCUUGCCUCAGAGACUGUAAGCUGUCAGAGCAAAGUUGUGAUGCUCUGGCCUGUGUUCUUAAGUCCGAGUCCUCCUGUUUGAGAACACUGGACCUGAGUAACAAUGACCUGCAAGAUUCAGGAGUAAAGCCGCUGUUUGCUGGACUGCGGAGUCUACAUUGUAGAUUGGAAACUCUACGGUUAAUUGGCUGUAACUUGUCAGAGAGAACCUCUGAAGCUCUGGCCUCAAUUCUCAGUUCCCAGACCUCCAGUCUGAGAGAGCUUGACCUGAGUAACAACGACCUGCAGGAUUCAGGAGUGAAGCUACUCUCUGUUGGGCUGGCAAGUCCACACUGUAGACUGGAAACUCUACGACUGUCAGGCUGUCAGGUCACAGAGGAAGGCUGUGCUUCUUUGGCCUCAGCUUUGAGCUCCAACCCCUCCCAUCUGAGAGAGCUGGACCUGAGCUAUAAUCAUCCAGGAGACUCAGGGGUGACGAUACUCUCGGCUGCAAGGGAGGAUCCACAGUGGAGACUGGACAUUCUCAGUUUUGACCAUUGUGGAAGACAUCGCUUGAUACCCUUCAUGUAUGCCUGUGAAGUCACACUGGACCCAAACACAGCAAACAGGAAGCUCGCUCUCUCAGAGGACAACAGGAAGGUGACAGAAGUGCAAGAAGAGCAGCCGUACCCUGACCAUCCAGAGCGAUUUCACCACUGGAAGCAGGUUCUGUGUAGGGAAGGUCUGAGUAGCAGCUGCUACUGGGAGGUGGAGUGGAAAGGAUGGGUUAAUGUAGGGGUGACAUACAGGGGUAUCAAAAGGAAAGGAGAGUGUGACGACUGUUGUCUUGGCGAGAACAACAAAUCCUGGGGUCUCUUCUGUUCUGGUAAUGGAUACUCUGCCUGUCACAACAAGAGAACAACAGGCAUACGGGGUAUCCACUCCUCCUUUGAUGCUGGUAGAGUAGCAGUGUAUCUGGACUGGCCCGCCGGCACCCUGUCCUUCUACAGGGUCUCCUCUGAUACACUGAUCCACCUCCACACCUUCUACUGCACAUUCACUGAACCCCUCUAUCCUGCGUUCAGGUUUAAGUUAAGCUCUGCGUCUGGUGCUUCAGUGUCUCUGUGUCAGUGUCAGGAAGGAGAAUCACUUCCAGUGUAGAGAAACCCACACUGCUUCUGAAAGCAAAUGCAAAAGCCACAACACGAAAAGAGGCACAAUGCGAACGUGUCUUUUGCAUUGGUUUUGUGGCUUUUUACAUUUGUGCUGUUGCCUUUGCAAAUGCAUUGUGUCUUUGCCCAAUUUCUCCCUUAAACAUCUCUCAUUUCAUUAAUUCAUUUAGCCAACAAUUAUCUGCCAGCUGAUUGUAUUUACCCACUUUAUCACUAAACAAAAAAUGUAUGGAAUUGAUAAACCUACACCUGUUAUUUCAUAUAUAUAUAAAUACUUGAGAGAAAUAAUGGUAAAACAUUAGAAAAACUCCAAAAUGCUCAGGAGGGUCACAUACUUUCAAGCAGUACUGUAUACAAUAUGUAAUAUUGCCUCUGACCACUAGAGAGCAUAAUGGCACCAAACAGUAUCGUGUUUUCACUGUGAUGGAAGGUGUAGGGACCUUGAUGAGGAUUUUAGGAAGAGUGAGCACUUUAUUUACCAAACCGGGAUGACAGAAACUUCAGCUUCUAAAGGACUCAUUGGCUUCUAAUGCUCAGCUAUUUAACUGUGCAGCUUAAAGAGAAAGCAUUGCUGGUCAAGUUCAGAGACUUUAGCUCUGUAAUAUAAUCCAAACCCAGUGGUUAAAUGGAAUUGAAAUGAAAAGCUUAAAGAACAUGGGGUUCCCAGAUUUGUGUACACUCUUUAUAUAAAUUGUUGAUAUUAUGAGCAACAAAUGCACCAACAGACAUAAUAUAUAAUACACAACAAAUACUUUCUGCAAGACUGAACAAUAAAGAUCAACUCAUCUUUUC